GCAAAAAACAUUUUCCUCUUUUUGCUCCCUUCACUUUCAUUUUAGCCUACUUUUACACCGCAAUCCACGUAGCGCGUCGCCCUUUUUAUAUCGUCCCUCAACGCGCUCUAACUUAUACACACAUACACACACGGCACUUCACGAUAAUGGCUGGACCUGAAGAAUGGCUGGAGACAGUGAGGAAAUGCGACUGCCUGUCCGAGCCGGACAUCAAGAAGCUGUGCGAAAUGGUCAAGGAGCUGCUGAUGGAGGAGUCCAAUGUGCAGCCAGUGCAGACACCGGUAACCAUCUGCGGCGACAUCCACGGGCAGUUCUACGAUCUAAUGAAGCUGCUGCGGGUGGGUGGAGAGCCGCCAGAGACAAACUACAUAUUCAUGGGCGACUUUGUCGACCGCGGGUACUAUAGCCUGGAGACGUUCACGCUGCUCAUGUGCCUGAAGGCGCGGUGGCCGGACAAGAUUACGCUGUUGCGGGGCAACCACGAGAGCCGGCAGAUCACACAGUGCCACAUGAAGUACGGCAACGCAAAUGUGUGGAAGUACUGCUGCCAGGUGUUCGACUACCUGACGCUGUCGGCGAUUGUGGACGGCAAGGUUCUGUGCGUGCACGGCGGGCUGUCGCCGGACCUGCGGACCCUGGACCAGAUGCGCACCAUCCAGCGGUGCCAGGAGAUCCCGCAUGAGGGCCCGUUCUGCGACCUGAUGUGGUCCGACCCCGAGGACAUUGAUAGCUGGGCUGUGAGCCCGCGUGGCGCAGGGUGGCUGUUUGGCGCACGCGUGACUGACGAGUUCAACCACGUGAACGGACUGACCCUGCUAGCGCGCGCGCACCAGCUGGUGCAGGAGGGGUACCGGUUCAUGUUCCCAGAGCGGAACCUGGUGACCGUCAUUCUGCGGAUCGAGGAGGAUCUGGAAGUCACCGAUGACUCGUUCCAGAUCUUCCAGGCCGUGCCCGACAAGGAGCGCACGGUGCCGCCGCGGAUACCGGGCAGCAUGGGCGGGGCCGGUGGCCAGUACUUUUUGUGAUCAAAUUAGCUGUUUCGGCAAGUGAGCUCUGUAUUGUCCUUGUGUGUUCUCUAUAAAAACUGGCCUGUCGGCAGAAAGACAUCCAGGCGAAAAUUUUCUCGCACGACAAGGAUGAGGGGCGCACAGGCGCCGGGCGGGCUUGUAUCCUGGUUCCACCCACCUGUCCAUCUGUUGGUGUAGCCGGAAACAGCGAGCUCCUCUGCCAGUGCGAGCCGCGGGUGUCGCCUAGUCCCACUCUGUUGACCAAGCCUUGUUCGCUAAUAAUAGAGCGAGGUAGAGCCACACAAGCAGCAUGA